ACUAGUGUUGGUUCCCCAAACCAGCUGUGCCGUUCCCGGCUAUCGGUAAUCGUUAAUCGUCGCAACCAUCGUCGAUUGUUUUCAUUGUUUGUAAUUACACAUUUCGUUUCGCUUUUCGUAAAUUAAUAACUAAAUACAGAGAUUAGUCGCGAUUAACUAGACGGAUGAAUAAUAAGUAACACUGCCAAAGCUGUGAAAAGAGACUGCGCUUUAAUUGGAGUAAUAUAAAAGUGAAAUCGGGUAUAUAAAGACGAGUACAGAUAAACAGAUGAGCAACUACCGUUAUCAGGGGGGCGGCAUCGGGGGCGGGGGCGUGGCCGGGGGACGCGGCUACAGCGGAAUCGAGGUGCACGAGGUGAUGCAUCCGCACCACUUCACCUACGUGAGCCAGUGCGUCAAGUACAUGAUCUUCCUGCUGAACUUCAUGUUCUGGCUGUUCGGCGGCCUGCUGCUGGGCAUCGGGAUCUACGCCUUCAAGGACAAGUGGGAGGAAGCGAACGGGUCGGUGCGGCUGGAGAACUUCUACGACGUCUUCCUCAACAUCUCGCUGGUGAUGAUCCUGGCCGGCAUGGUCAUCUUCCUGGUCAGCUUCUUUGGCUGCCUGGGCGCCCUGCGCGAGAACACCUUCCUGCUGAAGGCCUACUCCGUCUGCCUGCUGCUCUUCUUCCUCCUGGAGAUGGCCAUCGCCAUCAUUUGCUUCGUCUGUCCGCAGUACAUGAACACCUUUCUGGAGAAACAGUUCACGGACAAGAUCAUCCACUCGUAUCGCGACGAUCCGGAUUUGCAGAACUUCAUCGACUUUGCCCAGCAGGAAUUCAAGUGCUGUGGUCUCAGCAACGCGGGCUACCAGGAUUGGAGCAAAAACGAGUACUUCAACUGCAGCUCGCCGUCGGUGGAAAAGUGCGGAGUGCCCUACAGCUGCUGCAUCAAUGCCACCGAUAUAUCCUCCGGCCUGGUGAACAUCAUGUGCGGCUACGGCGUCCAGGAGACCCAGGUGCCGGAGGCCAGGAAACGGAUCUGGACCAGCGGCUGCAUCGAGGUCAUGCGGAUCUGGGCCGAGCACAAUCUGUACGUGAUCGCCGGCAAUGCUCUGGGCAUCGCACUCAUCCAGCUGCUGGUCAUCUAUUUGGCCAAGACGCUGGAGGGCCAAAUCGAGCUGCAGAAGUCGCGCUGGGCGGCGUGAGAUCCGGGACUGCCCGAAUUUUACGGGCCCUACGAUCACACCUGAACUAAGCACACUCUCAGAAUUCCUAGUUUUAUACACGUACCACUUGUACCACUCAAAGGACUGUCAAAACUCAUAAUCCAGAGGGAGUAACAGUCCUUAAGUGAUGGUUCUAUAUUCCAAUUUUAUUUUUAUUUCUUUUGGUCUUUGCUUACUUAAAGAAUUUCCACUGUGCAAUAUUCAUUUUGAACUUUUCUCAAAAGCCAAAAGAACAAUGAGGUAUUACUCGAUGA